AUGCCCCCGAGAGCAAAGCCAAAGGCGAAGCCGAAGGCGAAGGCGCAUGCGGAGCCUGGUCCAGACGGCGGCGGUGGAGGGGGGGCUCAGGCAAUCGACCUCUUGUCCCCUGAGGAGCGGGCGUGCAACGCCCAGGUUCACGACCGUGUCACCCAGGCCAAACGCGCCAUCAUCGACAAUCCCGUGUUCUUCAACAUCAUGGACGCCUGCGCGUUAGACAUACACGCUGGCGAUGACGCCAACACGGUGGGUCAGAUUCAGCCGUUCAACAGUCAAGAGUUCGAGCGGGCGAUGAAAGCUACUGGGAACUACACGUGCGGCUUCAACCUGAUGGGCGUGGAUCCCCACUUCUCCGCCACGCCGGGGAUUCCGUUGAAGCCGGCAGCCAUCGACCACUUGGUGCAGCACUACUUCUCGCAGCCCGACUUCGUCCCAGUGAUCGUGCAGAUCGCCAUCCCGAAGGGCGCGGACCCCGCAGCGCUCGGCAAGUCAGGUCAGCUCAAGAGCUUCACCCCCGAGGAGAUGAGGAUGGCCAUCUACUUGGCGAUCAAACGCGACAUCGACAACAAGGACGACGACGAGCUCCACUGGAGAGCGGUGAACCAGCGGGAGAACAUCGCGCAUGACUUCGCCUCCAUGCGCCGGUCCAGUUUGCAGCGGCUCUACGAGGUCAUCAUGUUCAAGGGCAAGCACGAGGCGAAUGCGGGGGUGACGCUCACCGUGGAGAAGAUGGCCGAGCUCUACAAGGAGAAGGUCAAGAUGGCAGAGAGCUCGGAGUCCGUGUCUACCACCUUCAUCACCCAGGCGAUUCGCGUGCACAAGAGCGUGCUUGUACAUCCAGAUCUGCGAAAAUUCUUGCUGGAGUGCGACGACAGGGAUGGGGCCAAGAAUCCAUUCGAUUCAGUCGCCAAGAUCGAAGCUAUCAACCAGAAGAUAAAAGGCGUGAGUGACAUGAAGUGGGUAUUUCACAGCCUCUACGACUCAUGGAAAUGUGGCUACCUCGGGGACUCCAUCAGCGAGAGGGCGCUCAAAGGCCAGUCGCCGGGCAUGAACGGGAAGGGCAUUGCGGAGCUCGCCCUGUUCAGGAAGCAAGCGAAAGAUAUCUUGCUGGAGAAGUUGUCCCCCUACUGCAACCCUGAUGCGUUCCAGAAGUUGUCGGAAGUUCUUGCCGCGCACGAGUCCUACCGCAACCAGUGCGGGUUCCCGUCUUCGAGGCUCGAUGGGACGUGGCGGGCCACCUGGAAGGAUAGCGCGAUCAAGAGUUUCCGCCUCUUGGAGGAGACCGUCUACGGCACCGAAUACGACCAGUACAUGAAGCGUUCCAUUGUUUUUCGGAAAUCAGCGAGCAGCAUGAUCGAGGAGGCCCCUUUCCCUGAAGAGUUCGAGGAAAUUGAGGCGCUGUGGAAACAGGAGACUGGCCAGGCCAUCUCAGACAAGAAGGAUGAUGAGGAUCAGGAACCUGAAAUGGACCUGGGGGCGGUCAAGCACACUACCACGGCAGAGGAGAUAAACAUUGUCAGCCGCACGAACGCGACGAUCAGCAUCAACAUCAUGGACGAGUCCACGAGCGCCAAGAUUGCCAAGCACAAGCGGGACAUCUUCGAGCGAGUCCGCACGCUGGUCCAGCUGCAGCGGACUUAG